CUGAAACAGUACGUACCGGUUUUGUCAACACUGCUCCGCGGUAAGGCCUUAAAAUGUUGUUUACUUCACUCGUGUGCUCUAUAAUAAAUCCGUAUAAUUCUUUUCCUAGGGCAUCACUUUUCAAAAACGUAGAAAAAAGACAUUAUUAAUGGAGCUCUCUUGAUCAGUGUGACACUGGUCCUCUAGUAUGUUGCCAGUAUUUGGUGUUUCUGCUGCUACUUUCCACUCGUUGAAGUGGUCAUGCAGUCAGGGGAAAUUCCCUGAUAGAAACCGUUGUCCAUGGAAGACACUGACCUGGCUUUUCAAAACUGGAGCUCAGAGAAAUGCUCAUAGAUGGACAGUAACGCCUCCAAAGCUAAAGGGGCCUGUAUUCGCCCGUGCUGCUUCAUAUGGAGACAAGACUGCAAUUAUAGAUGAUAGUGGCACUCACAGCUAUAAACAACUGUACAGCAGCAGUUUGGGGCUGGCAGGUAGAAUCAGUACCGCUCUCAGUUGUGGAACAGGGGAUGUUGGUGGAAAACGAAUCUCCUUCCUGUGUGCCAAUGACGCAUCCUACACAGUAGCACAGUGGGCUGCUUGGAUAAUUGGUGGGACCGCCGUGCCCCUGUACAGAAAACACCCUCUGUCUGAACUGGAGUACAUCAUCUGUGACUCUCAGAGCUCACUGCUGGUGGCUGGACAUUCCUUUGCUGAUAGUCUAGAGCCUCUGGCACAAAAGUUAGGACUUCCAUGUCUGACUCUUCCACCAACCUCCAACCUCAGCAGUUUAAUUCAAGUGGACACUCAUGAAAAAAGUACCAUCAAUGACUGGGAUGAAAGGUCAGCUAUGAUCAUUUACACCAGCGGGACUACGGGACGUCCCAAAGGAGUACUGCACACACACAGCAGCAUCAAAGCCAUGGUCCACUGUCUGGUGUCUGAAUGGGCGUGGUCUAAAGAUGAUGUCAUCCUUCACAUUUUACCUCUUCAUCAUGUCCAUGGGAUCGUCAACAAACUGCUAUGUCCGCUGUCCGUGGGGGCCACCUGUGUCAUGCUGCCCGAGUUUCAUCCUCAAAAGGUGUGGGAGAGGCUGCUCGGCUCCAAGGCUCCGAGGGUGAAUGUGUUCAUGGCCGUACCGACCAUCUACUCUAAACUCAUCCAGUAUUAUGACCAACACUUCACACAGUCUCAUGUCAGGGACUUUGUCAAAGCCGUCUGCAAGGAGAGGAUCAGGCUGAUGGUGUGUGGCUCCGCAGCUCUGCCUCUUCCCACUCUGCAGCGCUGGGAGGAGAUUACCGGACACACGCUGCUCGAACGCUAUGGCAUGACAGAGAUAGGCAUGGCACUGUCCAACCCACUCAAGGGCCCACGCAUCCCAGGAGCUGUAGGUCUUCCUCUUCCUGGAGUAGAGGUUCGCAUCACCAUGAAUAACUCCAUCAACACCACCAUUGCAGAGGGCAAUCACAGAGAAACUCAGGUGCGUCCCGGGCUCGAGGGUAAAGAGGGAGAGCUCCUGGUCCGUGGAGCGUCGGUCUUCAGGGAAUACUGGAACAAGCCUCAGGAGACCAAAGAGUCCUUCACCGCAGACGGCUGGUUCAAAACAGGUGACACCGCAGUCUAUAAAGAUGGCGUGUACUGGAUCAUGGGCCGCACCAGUGUAGACAUCAUCAAAAGUGGAGGCUACAAGAUCAGCGCACUUGAGGUAGAGCGCCACCUUUUGGCACAUCCAGAUAUUAUAGAUGUGGCUGUGAUCGGGGCUCCUGAUGCAGUUUGGGGUCAGAAGGUCACUGCAGUGGUACAGCUCCGACAGGGGAAGAACUUGACUUUACCAGAAUUGAAGAUUUGGGCUCGGGAGCACAUGGCGCCCUACACCAUCCCCACAGGCCUGCUGCUGGUGGACCAGAUGCCCCGGAACCAAAUGGGCAAGGUCAACAAGAAGGAGCUGCUCAGACACUUCUUCCCCUGACCACUGUGUUCAAUGGAAACCACAGUAUAUACGGUUAGCAAUACACCCAGGAGUAACAUUUUAGUCACUCUAGUAUAAACUAUGUGUUGGACAGUGUCAGUUGAACAAGUGCCUUAUUGAUUUUAUUAUAUAGAGAAACAAUUAGUGAUCCAGUGUUUUAUGAUCCAGGCUUUAUUAUUUGAUUAAAUUGUUGGUAAUAUUAUAUUAUCACCAGGGCAUAUAUUCUGUAGCUCUGUUAACAGACUGGCACAUCUUAACAUGCUGUAAUUUUACCAAGUCUAUCAUGCUUGUAAAGUGUAGUUUUUUUAAUGAAUGAACCUGCCAUUCCUAUUAAAUGUGAUUAUUUGUGAAAGUUAAAGGGACAGUCUGGAAUUUUGGACAUAGGACCUCAUUUCCUAGUUAGCCAGAGUGUUGGAGACGUGUGGAGAAACUUUUUUAAAUAUUCCAUCCAGUCCUUGUAUUUGCAGAGGUCGCUGGU